AUGGCGCCCACCAGGUGUUGGACAAGGAGGUCGGCUACUGCCAGGCUUGUUCCCCUUGCCCUCUCCGCCUCCCCUUGCCCUCUCCGCCUCCCCUUGCCCUCUCCGCCUCCCCUUGCCCUCUCCGCCUCCCCUUGCCCUCUCCGCCUCCCCUUGCCGUCUCCGCCUCCCCUUGCCCUCUCCGCCUCCCUUUGCUCUCUCCGCCUCCCCUUGCCCUCUCCGCCUCCCUUUGCCCUCUCUGCCUCCCCUCUCCCUCUCCGCCUCCCUUUGCCCUCUCCGCCUCCCCUUGCCCUCUCCGCCUCCCUUUGCCCUCUCCGCCUCCCCUUGCCCUCUCCGCCUCCCUUUGCCCUCUCCGCCUCCCCUUGCCCUCUCUGCCUCCCCUUGCCCUCUCCGCCUCUCCUUGACCUCUCCGCCUCCCCUUGCCCUCUCCCCCUCCCCUUGCCCUCUCCCCCCCUUUGCCCUCGCCCCCUCCCCUUGUGUGCAUCCCAUGCCCUCUUGUGCACACACGUGCUCCUGUCUGUUCUGGACACGGUGCUGAUGCUUUCUCUGCCCCUCUUCUGGCUCAUGCUUGCCUUGCCUCCUUGUGCGGGGCUCUGCUUGAUCCAGCAUGGCCACUCACUUGCCCCCUCUGGAGCUGGCUACGGCUCCUGCAUGCCCAGCUCCAGACUUCCAGAGCUCCUGGUGCGAGCUCGGGCGGUGUUCGUGGCGUGA